AUGGGGAAAAAAAAGAGCAAGAGCCAAGUACGUUCUAAUGACACUAGUGGCGCUGCCGCUUCUUUCAAGAAGGCAACAUCUUUGCCACCUUUGGGGAAUAAGCUAGGUAGUGCAAGUUUCACAGCUAUAAACACACUAACAAAACCUGCAUUGUUCUCAUUUUACGACGAAGAUAUCACUAAGAAUGAAGGCGACGUCUAUGAUAAGACGUUGCUGUCCAAUGCUUCUCAGUUGGAAAUGGUUGCACCCCCUGACGCAGUGAAACACGAGAGAUCGCUGUAUGUGAAAAUAAUCAAUUUCAUUGCAGCAAUAUUUAUCCUCUUUAUAGCGGGGGUUCUUUUCCCCACGGUAUCAGAGUGCUUAUUUGAUAACGAUCAGCUGGCAAAAGGAGAUAUCGUAUCUUUUCUGCAACAUGGGUUAGCAUUAAAGAAUAAGUUUGUUUCGGACCCCAACGUGGUACCGGAUUGGGCUGUCUUUGGUAUUGAAGGUGUUAUCUUGGGGUCUAUAGUACCAUUCAUCGAUUGUUUUGUCAAGUGCCGUCGCCUUCCAAAUACUAGGUCAUCAAUGUAUAAGAACUCGUUGGGAUCAUUCAUUAGGUGUGCUAAUACCCUUUUAGGUAUAAUAUUUGGUAUUAGGAAAAUUGAAUGGUCUUCCUCCUUGCAGGCAGCUGGUGCAUGGAGCUUGUUGAAUAUCGUCUUGUGGUUGUUUUUUGAUGGCACCCUAACUGUCUUGAUUUCAGGUCUAGUCGUCGGUGCGAUUAGUGCAUUUAGUUGCACUCAAUAUGUCUCGCAAUUGUCGCAGACCUUAUAUUUUAUAGAUUUCUAUUUUUUUGGUUUUUUGAUGUUUAGCAAGUUGGGCAGAUAUUUAUUCGAUUAA